AUGCGAAUAUUGAAGAUUGAAAUAGAUGGAUUCAAGUCGUAUGGUCAAUAUCAAGCUCUGGAGGAUUUAGAUCCAGAGUUUAAUGCCAUCACUGGUUUGAAUGGGUCUGGUAAAUCAAAUGCUUUGGAUGCUAUUUGUUUUCUGUUGGGUAUAACAAACUUGACAUGGAUCAGAGCUCAGAACAAUGAAGACCUUGUGUUUAAAAAGGGUCAAGGAGGUGUGACAAAGGCUACGGUUACUAUAACAUUUGAUAACAGUGAUCCCAAGCAUAAGCCUAUUGGAUUCGAGGAACAGAACAUCUUGGUAAUCAAGAAACAGGUAUGUUAAGGUACUUUUGUUGAUUUUUUUUAAUUUUUAGGUAACUGUUGAUGGUAGCGUUUAUGUUAAUAUGGAGAGGAUCUUGUUCUUGACUUUUGAGAGUUACAAUGUUUUGCUUUUUUGUUUUGAUACGUUGGGACAUUUAAUUUCAAUGUUUUAGAUUGUGUUGAACGGCAAAGUAACAUAUCAUAUCAACAAUGUCAUUUCGACUCAGACUAAAGUCCAGAAUUUGUUUAAUACAUGUGCAAUGAAUGUAAAUAACCCUCAUUUUCUGAUUAUGCAGGGUCGUGUUACUAAAGUCUUGAACAUGACACCAAGACAAGUGUUGUACAUGGUGGAAGAAGCUGCUGGAGUCAGAGUUUACGAAGCGAAGAGGAAGAAUGCUAUGACAACACUGGAGAAGAAAGAAGAGAAGAUCAGAGAAAUUAACAGGGUAAUUUUGAUAGUAAAAUAGAAGUUUGUUAAUGUAAUUAUUUGUUCUGAAGCUUAAAACGGUAAUGUAGUUAUAAAUGGGAAGUAAAGUUUAAAAUUUAGAUAAUGGAGGAAGAGUUAAGGCCGAGAAUUAACAAGUUGAAGGCAGAGAAGGACCUGUACGAUGAGUUUAUUAGACUGGGUAACGAUGAAGAACAACACAAUCACAUUUUACAUUGCAUUGAAUAUUACACUUGCCAAUUGGCUGCAGACAGGUGUCAGAGGAAGAUUGAUAAUAAAACAGAAGAAGACGGUCGAAGAAAUGAAAGCAUUAAAGAAAAGAAGGCUGAUAUUGCUGGUUAUGAAGUUGAACAUGAACAAAUGGAACGGCAACUUAAUGUAGGUUAUAGUUGGGUUAAUUUAUUUAAGUGUUGUGUGUAAGAAGGUUAAAGUUGAUGUAAGAGGAUUAUAAUGUAGGCUUUGAGUAAGAACGAAUAGUCUUGUUAUGUCAAUUUUAGCAAAUGACUGAACAAAAACAAGAGUUGAUUCAAGAUGAACAGGAUAAAAACAAAGAUUAUCUAGAAGCACAGAAGGCCAAGAAAACGAAGGAAGAUGAGAUUCAUGAAGUCAAGAAAAAUAUUAAAAAUUUAGAAAACAGUAUUGCUGCGGUACGUUUUAGUUUUUCUAAUAAUAAUGACUUUGAAGUUUUAAAUUUUUAUGAUUUACGUUAUUUGUAAACCAUGUUUAUCUUUCUAGCAAUUGCAAUUGAAAUAUUCUAGGAUGAAGCAGAGCUGGUGAAGAAGAAGGACAAGUUCAAAAGGCUUCAAGAAAACACAGGAAAAGAAGUUGAGAUCUUCCAACGAGCGGAGUCUGAUCGAGAAAAGGCCAAAGCUUUGUUAGAUGCUUUGGCGAAGGGCAUGACAGUUGAUGAAAAUGGAAAGGAAGUGUCAUUGGAUAGCAUGCUCAUGAGUAAGAUAUAAAUUUAAAAAAUAUUUUUUGCUGACAACUUUUAAAAUUAUUUUUUAUAUUUUAGAGAAGAACACAGAGUUGAACAAGGUGGAAACAGAUAUGAAACUGCUUCAGAAUACCUUGUCUGACCUUCGGCCGUCUAUUGUAAGCAAAACUAAAGAAAUUCAGACGUGUCCUCGUCAAACUGAACAGCUAGCCGAGAAACAACGACUCGAGUACCAAAGAAUCGAACUGGAGAAACGAUUGGCAGCUGCCAAUAUGGAUUCAACGAGAUACAGAGAAGGGCGUGACAAGAUCAACAACCUUCGCAGAGAACUGGAAGGGCUUCAGGAUAAACGAGAGAGAUUUGAGUGUGAGUUUGGUUACAUGAACUUCAAUCCACCUCGUGACGUGGUUAAGUCAGAUGAAGUUGUUGGAGUGUUGGGGAAGCUUUUUAAGGUCAGGGAUAUUAGGUUCACGACGGCUAUUGAGGUGGCACUAGGUGGUCAUGUAAGUUUUCAUGGUUUAUUUUAUCUUUCUGUAGAUUAUGAUCAGUGUUUUGCCGGACCGGUCCGGACGGUUUUUUUUUCGGUCCGGUCCGUUUUAUAUAUGUAGUAAUUAUAGUUGCUGGUGUUCCAAAUGGUAUGGUAUGGCAAAAUAGGGUAUGGUAUAGUAUAUUAUGGUAAAGUAGGAUAAUGCAGGGUAGGGUUUAUAAUUUUUUGGUACUGUAGGGUACUAAUGGCACUACUUUUUCCAAAUUUUGUUCUUUUCGACAUUGUAUGGUACUAAAUGGUACGGUCGGCGGAGGCUUUAAGAGGUUCGGCGUAGACUUCAGAGGAUUUGGCGGAGACUUUAAAGCAUUUGGCGGAAGGUCGGCGGAGGGUUUUAUGAACUUGGCGGAGACUUUAGGGUAUACUCGACCCUACCCUUGGCCUUUUUAGUCCUAUCCUACCUUAUCCCUGACCUUUUUAACCCUAUUCGACCCUACUCUUCACCUUUUUAACUCUACCUUACUAUACCAUACCCUACCAUAACCUAUCUUAUCUACCAUACCACAUCCUAAUAUAACGUACCAUAUUAUACCAUACCAUUCCAUAAUAUACUUGACUAUAUUAUACCAUUUAUGUUGUUUUACUUACCUAUUCUACCAUACCCAUGGAUAGUACAUGGUAGUGUUGUAUAAGAUUGAAUAAGGUAAGGCAUGGUAAAGUUUGGUAUGGUAUGGUAUUGUAAGGUGUGGUAUGGUAUGGUAGAUAGUAUAAGGUAGCAUGGUAUGUUAUGGUAUGAUAGGAUAUGGUAUUGUAUGGUAGGGUAUGGCAUGUUAUAAUAUGGUAGGGUUUGGUGUGGUAGAUGUCAUGGUAGGGUAUGGUAUAGUAGGUAACGCAGGACAUCGUAUGGUAUAUUAUAAGGGAUGGGUAUGGUAUAGUUGGGUAGGGUAAAAUGGGCAAGGUUAAGGUUAGGUAGGGCUAAAAAGGUAAGGAGUAGGAUCGGGUUAAAGAGGUCAGGGGUAAGGUAGGAUAGGGCUAAAAAAGUCAAGGGUAGGGUCGAGUAGAUACCCUAAAGUCUCCGCCAAAUUUAUAAAAGCCUCCGCGGACCCUCCGCCGAAUCCCCUAAAGCCUCCGCCGACCGUACCAUUUAAUGCCAUACAAUGUCGAAAAAAACAAAAUUUAGAAAAAUUAGUACCAUACAGUACCAAAACAUUAUAAGGUAGCGCCAUUUUACCGAAUUUACCUAUUUCUUUAAAGAGAGCCUGUUUGAGGGGGGGGGGCCUGAUCAUUCCAAAUCUAAUAAAACAGUUUUAGUGUAUCUUUAGUGGUGUUUUUAGAGCAUUUUUCAUAAUGAAACAAAAGUAAAAAACGGUUGCACGCAGCGAGGUUCGAACCUGCUAGAGCAGCACCGAGGGAUAACGCUUUACCCAUUCGGCCACACAAUCGCUAUCUCUUUCUCUGUCGUUUCUCUUUCAUUUUGGGAAAGCUUUUUCCGAGAGAAAGGCGCAAGCUCCGCCCAAUUUCCCGCAAGAAAACACAAAAAAUAUUUUUUUAGGGAAAAACCAACUUAUACGAUCAAAUAUUAAAAUUUUUUUCCCGGACCGGUCCGAAAAAAAAUCGUCGGUACUUGGACAGGACCAAAAAUUUUUUCAAUCGAUCCGGUCCGGCUCAAUUUUUUUUUGGACCGGACCGGACGGGUCCGGCAAAACACUGAUUAUGAUUAUGUUUCUUGAUUAGAUGUGUUGAAUCUUGCCUUACGUUUACUGGUGAAGUUGUUUUAGUUGAGUUCUGUUGUUGUACGCUACAAAAACACGGCCAAAAACUUGCUAAAAUCUGGCAAAAUGGAGCGCAGAACGACAUUCGUACCCUUGGAUGAUAUUCAAACCAGAGUUGUUGGGGACAGACAGUACAACAAGGCAGUACAGCUUGUUGGACAAGGAAAUAUAUUCAGAGCCAUCGAUCUAGUUGAAUAUAACCCAGAUCUCAGGAAAGCUGUUGAGUUUGGAUUGGGAGGAAUGCUGAUCGCUUUGGACUUGGAGACUGCUAAAAGAGUUUGUUUCGACCGAGAAAUCAUGACAAGAGUGGUUACUGUAGAUGGAGAUGACUUCAAACCUGAUGGUGUGUUGAGUGGAGGAGGUCAAGGAGGUAGAGGAAAGGUCCUGAGGGCUGUUUGUGAUUUCUUUGAUGGAAGUAGAAGGCUGAGAGAUAUUGAGGCAGAAAUGAGAGAAAUACAAGGUAAGUGUUACUAUUAAUUUAUAUAGUCAACUUACUUUUUGUACAGUUUUUUGGCUUACUAUAACUUUUGCAGCGUAUGUGACUGAAUACGAUAUGAAACGUCGCGAAAAUGAAAGUACAAUGAUAAAACUAGAAGACGUCAAAGAGAGGAUCAAUAUCAUCAAUAUAACUUUAUCCAGCGACAAACAUGCUAGACUAGAAGCUGAGAUAAAGUAUGAGGAGGAGAAGGUAGAAGAAUGUGAAGCCAAAGUAGAAGAAUUGAAGCCAGAACUACAUCGUAUUAGAAGUGAGUUCAAGGAGUUGCAGGAGAAGAAAAGGAACGAGAAGAAGUUUAAGGAGGACGAGAAGAGGAAGGCAGAGUUGAAGUUGAGGGAGGCAGAGAACAUCCUCAAGAGGAAAGAUGCUGCUGGAGACAAACGGGUCCAGAAUUUGGAGUUUGCUGAGUAAGUUUGGCACUUUUGGUAAUUGAUAAAGAGUAUUUUAAUAUUUAUAGAUGAUUUGUGGUGGUAUAUGCUUGAUUUGUACUUUACAUUACUUUUUUACUUUUAGGAGCGAUGUAAAAACAACAGAACAACAAAUUGAAUCGCAAAAACAAGAAGUUGGUACCUACAAAGAAAGUCUCACCCAGCUGAAUGAAGAACUUCAAGGCUGUGUGGAGAAGUUCGAAGUGAUUGAAAAGGUGGUGGAUGAGUUGAGGAAGACUGUUAUGGCUAAGAAAAAGGAAUGUCGCGAGAAGGAAGACUCAAUCCGAGAGUUACUGGGUAAGGUCGAGGCUUGUAAGAAGGCCAUCAGAGAUCUGGAGCAGUCAGGACACAACUUCAAGAUGGACAUUGAAGAGCUGGACAAGAAGAAGAAGGAGGCCGAGGGCAGGGUAAGGCGUGACUGCUUUAUAUUGAGUUAGACAACCUUUUUACUUGAGAUGUUAAUGGUAUAAUAAUUGUUAAAAUACAAAGCUUAAAUUAAUAUCAUUGUAGGCAGCAAUUUUGGUGCGAACUCACUCCUGGCUAGAAGAAGAGAAAGUCCACUUUAACAAACCGGGAACCGACUACGACUUCAGAAGUCGAACAGUGGAUUCUGUCAUCCGAGAGAUUGACCACAUCAAGACGAGAAGGAAGGAGUUGGAACAACGAGUCAAUAUGAAUGCCAUGAAGAACCUGUCAGAGCAAGAAGAACAUGUCAUGACGUUGGAGACAAAGCAUCAGAAUCUGCUACACGAGCGAGAACGACUUCAGGAGAUGAUCACGGAGAUCGAUUCCGAGAAGCAGCGAGAGCUGGUCAGGGCUUUUGAGACGAUCAGUGUCAACUUUGGAGGUAUCUUCUCCACACUACUGCCUGGAGCCUGUGCUACACUAAAACCGGUCGAUAGAAAUGAUCUGGAGGCUGGGCUACAGGUAUGGUGUACUUUUUAUAUAAGAUAUAUAUUUAAAAGAUACUUUUAUGUUUUUUUACCUUAUUAAUAUAAAUGGUGAAUAACUUUAAAAUGUAUAUUAUUGUAGGUAAAAGUCGGCUUUAACGGAGUUUACAAAGAAAGUCUGGACGAACUGUCAGGAGGACAAAGAAGUCUGGUUGCUUUAUCACUGAUAUUGGCUAUGUUAAAGUGUAAUCCAGCUCCAAUCUACAUUCUCGACGAAGUAGACGCUGCUCUCGACUUGAGUCACACUGCCAAUGUGGGAACGAUGAUUAAGAAGCACUUCAAGAACUCGCAGUUCAUCAUAGUCAGUCUAAAGCAGGGAAUGUUCAACAAUGCCAACCUUAUCUACCGUACCAGCUUUGUGAACGGGACCUCGAACAUCAAGAGGACGGUCAAUAAAAACUCGUAA